GGGCCACACACGUCACCCAGAGCCACCAAAGCCCCUCGCUCUCACCCAGUGCUGCUCAGGAGGGAAGACUGGAGAGCCUUUGCUCCAAAGGAUAUUUACUGGAUGUCGCUGGUCUGAAGAAACAGAGAGAAAAAGCCCACAAGAGCUUAAAAAAAAACAACCCCCGAGCAUCUCUGUAGGCUGAUGCUGGGAAGACAGAAAUUGCCUCAUUAACCUAAGUGAGUGGGGGAGAGACAGAAGCAAACCCUCAGAAUGGAGGAAGAAGAAUAUGAGGAAGUUGUGGAGUACUACAUUGAGGAGACAGUUAUUGAGGAGGGUGAGCCACACGAGGUGGUCACAGAGAUCACUGAGACCAUCACCACAGACUACUCAGUCCCUGAGACCACCACCACAACUACCACCUACACAGCUGAGCACACCCAGCCCUCUGGGGAGGAUGCAGCUCCUCCCAUCAGGAAGAAGACAAUCCGGACAAAAGUGGACCCAUCCAAGUUUCUGACACCUUACCUGGAACACAGCAAUAAAAUGAAGGACUUAUUCAGUGAGAACAAGUACAAGGAAAAAUUUAGAAAAGAAAAAGGAAAGCCAUAUGCUUCCACAGUCGAUACCCCAGAAAUCCGGAGGAUCAAGAAAGUGCAGGACCAGCUCAGUGAGGUUAAAUACCGCAUGGCUGGGGAAGUUGCCAGAACCAUUUGCCACGUGGAUGAAAAGGCCAUGGAUAUAGAACACGCAAAGAAAGUGUCACAGCAAGUGAGCAAGGUAUUAUAUAAACAGAACUGGGAGGAGAAUAAGGACAAGUACCUGCUUCCCCCUGAUGCUCCAGAGCUUGUGAAUGCAAUAAAAAACACAGCAAUGUUCAGCAAGAAACUCUAUACUGAAGACUGGGAUGCAGACAAAACAUUGUUUUAUCCCUACAAUGACAGUCCAGAGCUCAGAAGGGUGGCACAGGCUCAGAAGACUCUGAGUGAUAUUGUCUACAAAAAGGGGCACGAUGAAAGGAAAGCAAAAUUCACCUCUCUGCCAGACCCCCCUGAUGUGGAACAAGCCAAGAAAGUGACACGACAGCUGAGUGAUGUUAUUUACCAUGAGGACUAUAAAAACAAAGUCAAAGGCAAGUGGAGUCAAACUCCGUGCUAUGAUGUGGCAGUUGCAAAAAUGAAUGCAGAAAAUCUAAGUAUGAGGAAAUACCAGGAAGACUUUGAAAACAUGAAAGACCAAAUCUACUUCAUGCAGACUGAAACUCCAGAAUAUGAAGCCAACAAACGAGCUUCAGAAAACGUCAGCAAGUUCAAAUACAGAGCAGACUAUGAGAAGAAGAAAGCUAUUGCAGAUUAUAAUGUGCUCCCUGCUACAGAGAACCCAUUGCUGAAGCAAUUAAAAACUGCAGGAAAUAUUCUGAGUGAUAAAUUAUACAAAGAAGCCUAUGAACAGUCCAGAGGAAACAAGAUGAAUUACUGUGAGACACCCAAGUUCCAGACUGAUGCUGCUCUGAAGAACUUUAGUGAUGUUAAAUAUAAAGAUGCAUAUCAGAAGAAUAUUCUGGGGCACUACUUGGGCAGCUUUGAGGACCCACAUCAAAUCCACUGCAUGAAGGUUGAAGCUAUGAAAAGUGAUAAAAAUUACAAAGCAGAUUAUGAGGAGGAAAAGACAAAGUGCUACUUCCCUCAGACCAUAACUCAAGAGUAUGAAGCAAUCAAGAAGUUGGAGCAAUGUAAAGAUUACACCUACAAAAAGCAUCCUGAUCAAACUAAAUUCACUUCAGUGACUGACUCUCCAGUACAGAAACAAGCAGAGAUCAACAGCAAACAGCUGAGUGAUAUACUGUAUAAAUCCAAAGGGGAAGAAAUUAUUCACAAGUACCACCUCCCUCCUGAUGUGCCCCAGUUCAUCCAGGCUAGAGUUAAUGCCUACAACAUCAGUGAUGCUAACUACAAAGCAGACUGGAAGAAAACCCUUGCCAAAGGCUAUGAUCUGAAACCAGAUGCCAUUCCAAUUAUUGCUGCUAAAGCUUCUCGGAACAUUGCAAGUGAUUACAAGUACAAGGAAUCCUACGAGAAAGACAAAGGCAAACAGGUCGGGUUCCGGAGCCUGCAGGAUGAUCCCAAACUUGUUCACUACAUGAACGUGGCCAAAAUCCAAUCGGAUCGGGAAUACAAGAAGGAUUAUGAAGUCACCAAGACCAAAUAUCACACUCCUCUGGAUAUGUUCAGCGUGACAGCUGCCAAGAAAGCCCAGGAAGUGGUGACAAACACUGGCUAUAAGCAGCCAAUUCACAAUUACACCCUCCUGCCUGAUUCUGUGAACCUGGAGCUCUCCAAAAAUGUGAUGCAGCUUCAGAGUGAUAAUCUGUACAAAUCUGACUUCAAUAACUGGCUGAGAGGAGUUGGCUGGGUCCCAAUUCAGUCACUGGAUGUAGAAAAGGCCAAGAAAGCCACGGAGAUUCUCAGUGAGAAGAAAUACCGCCAGCAUCCCGACCAGCUCAAGUUCUCCAUCCCCAUGGAUGCCAUGGAACAAGUGCUGGCAAAGCAAAAUGCCAAGACCAUGAACAAGAGGCUGUACACAGACAAGUGGAACAAAGAGAAGACCAGCAUUCAUGUGAUGCCAGACACCCCAGAAAUCCUGCAGUGCAAAGUGAACCAGAUGACCAUGAGUGAUAAACUUUACAAAGCUGGAUGGGAGGAGGACAAGAAGAAGGGUUAUGACUUGCAGCCAGAUGCGAUUCCAAUAAAAGCAGCCAAGAGCUCCAGGGAUAUUGCGAGCGAUUAUAAAUACAAACUGGCCUACGAGAAGGCCAAAGGGAAGCACAUCGGCUUCCGCAGCCUGGAGGACGACCCCAAGCUGGUGCACUUCAUGCAGGUGGCCAAGAUGCAAUCUGACAGAGAGUACAAAAAGGGUUAUGAGAAGGCCAAGACUAACUUCCACACUCCAGUUGACAUGGUCAGUGUGGUGGCAGCUAAGAAAGCUCAGGAAGUGGCUACAAAUGCAAACUACAAGAACUUAAUCCACACCUACAAUGUCCUGCCAGAUGCUAUGAGCAUUGAAUUGGCCAAAAACAUGAUGCAGUUACAAAGUGAUAAUCAAUACAAAGCAGAGUAUGACGAAACUAUGAAGGGUGUUGGGUGGCUCCCACUGGGCUCCCUGGAAGCUGAGAAGAACAAAAAAGCCAUGGAAAUUUUGAGUGAGAAGAAAUAUCGCCAGCAUCCAGACAAGCUGAAGUACUCUGUUCCUAUGGAUUCCAUGAACAUGGUCUUGGCUUUAAAUAAUGCCAAAAUCAUGGAUGAGCACAAGUACAAACAAGCCUGGGAAGAAGACAAAAAGAAAAUCCACAUCACCCCAGAUAUUCCACAGAUUGCUUUAGCAAAAGCAAAUGCAUUCAAUUUAAGUGAAAAAAUGUACAGAUCUUCAUUUGAAGAAACUAGGAAGAAAGGAUAUGAUCUCAAGGCUGAUGCUAUUCCUGUCAAAGCUGCCAAAGCUUCCAGGGAUAUUGCCAGUGAUUAUAAAUACAAAUUAGGGUAUGAGAAAGACAAGGGGAAACUUGUCGGCUUCCGCAGCCUCCAGGAUGAUCCCAAACUUGUCCAUUGCAUGCAAGUGGCCAAGAUGCAGUCAGACAGGGAGUACAAGAAGGCCUAUGAGGCGAGCAAGACUCAUUACCAGACCCCUUCUGAUGCCCUCAGCGUGGUGGCAGCCAAGGAGGCCCAGGACCGUGUCACCAACACCAACUACAAGCGCCUGAUCCACCAGUACAUGCUCCUGCCAGACGCAAUGAGUCUGGAGCUGUACAGGAACAUGAAUCAGAUCCAAAGUGAUAAUGAGUACAAGCAGGAUUACAAGGAGUGGUUCAGGGGGAUUGGUUGGAGUCCCAUUGGUUCUCUGGAUGUGGAGAAAUCGAAGAAGGCCACGGAGAUUGCGAGCGAUCGGAAGUACCGCCAGCACCCCAGCAUGUUCCGCUUCACCAAACAGAACGAUGCCAUGGACCUGGUCCUUGCAAAGCAGAAUGCAAACAUCAUGAACAAACAUGCUUACACUGAAGCCUGGGAGAAGGAUAAAACUCAGGUCCAUGUGAUGCCAGACACACCAGAUAUUCUCCAGGCCAAACAGAACAAGACAAACUACAGCCAGAAACUCUACAAGCUUGGCUGGGAGGAAAUGAUAAAGAAAGGCUAUGACCUCACACCUGAAGCCAUGUCAGUGAAAGCUGCCAAAGCUUCAAGGGACAUUGCAAGUGAUUUCAAGUACAAAGAAGGAUACCGCAAGCAGCAGGGACAUCACAUCGGGUUCCGCAGCCUGCAGGAUGACCCCAAGAUGUUGUGGUCCAUGCAAGUAGCUAAAAUGCAGAGUGAGAGGGAGUACAAGAAAGACUUUGAAAAGUGGAAGACCAAGUUUAAUAUGCCUGUGGAUAUGCUGGGCUUCCUUCUGGCCAAGAAGUGUCAGGAGCUGGUCAGUGAUGUGGACUACAAACAUAUACUGCACCGCUGGACUUGUCUGCCAGACCAGGUCGAUGUCAUCGAGGCAAAGAGGGUCAACGAGCUGCAGAGUGAUAACCUGUAUAAGUCGGAUCUACAGUGGCUCAGAGGCAUUGGAUGGAGUCCUUUGGGGUCUCUGGAAGCUGAAAAGAACAAGAAAGCUUCUGAAAUACUGAGUGACAAGAAGUACAGGCAGCACCCAGACACAAUUAAGUUCACAAGUAUCCCGGAUGCCAUGGAUGUUGUUUUGGCAAAAUCUAAUGCCAAAAAUAGGAGUGAUAUACUCUACAAGGAAGCUUGGAACAAGGACAAGACUAAGAUUCACAUCAUGCCUGAUACACCUGAAAUUUUGUUGGCUAAAUCAAACUUGGUUAACACAAGUGAUAAACGUUACAAGGUAGGAUAUGAAGAGCUGAAGAAGAAAGGCUACGACCUCCCUCCUGAUGCCAUCCCUCUCCAGACAGCCAAGGCAUCCCGAGACAUAGCUAGUGAGUACAAAUACAAAACCGCAUACAGAAAACAGCUGGGCCACCACAUUGGAGCCAGGAACAUUGAGGAUGACCCCAAGAUGAUGUGGUCAAUGCACGUGGCCAAGAUCCAGAGUGACAGGGAGUACAAGAAGGACUUUGAGAAAUCCAAGACAAGGUUCAGCAGCCCUGUGGACAUGCUGGGAGUGGUGUUGGCCAAGAAAUGCCAGGAGCUGGUCAGCGAUGCCGAUUACCGGCACCCUCUGCACCGCUGGACCUGCCUGCCGGACCAGAACGAUGUUGUCCAUGCCAAGACAGUGUAUGACCUUCAGAGUGAUAACGUGUACAAGUCUGACCUGCAGUGGCUGAGGGGCAUUGGCUGGUCCCCAAUUGGAUCACUGGAUGCUGAGAAGAACAAGAGGGCGAGUGAGAUCCUGAGUGACAAGAAGUAUCGUCAGCACCCAGACACCCUCAAAUUCACCAGCCUUCCUGACUCGAUGCCCAUGGUGUUGGCAAAGCACAACUCUGAAAUCAUGAACCAAAACGUGUACAAGUCUGACCUGCAGUGGCUGAGGGGCAUUGGCUGGUCCCCAAUUGGAUCACUGGAUGCUGAGAAGAACAAGAGGGCGAGUGAGAUCCUGAGUGACAAGAAGUAUCGUCAGCACCCAGACACCCUCAAAUUCACCAGCCUUCCUGACUCGAUGCCCAUGGUGUUGGCAAAGCACAACUCCAAAAUCAUGGAUCAACAGUAA